UGCCCCUCAGUCCGUUUCGUGCACGGCAAGAUGGAAGUCGCGCGCGGCGCGCUAGCUGUAAGUGAGUGUUAGAUUAUAUUUUUUCAAAUGACUAGGACGUAACUUUAAGUGAAGCUAGACGCGUAAUCUCGUGACAAUAAUGCUCGUGCUGUGCGUUCAUGUGGAUUUUUAGUCAUCGGCAGCGGCGCCCAGCUUUAGAUGUACUUACGUAAAUGUAAAUAUCGAUGUCAGAACAAUAAGAGGAGGCAAACGUUUAUCUGACGUUCACUGAAACAUUAAGUGGAAACGUCAGAAUGGACGGACAACGCGCAUUGGAGCUGAUGCCGCUGUUGCAGGAACGGCUGGUGGUGCUUACCGGCGGCAGGGAUCGUCGUGGUGGGCCUGUGCUUUCUUUCCCAGCUAGCCCAAGACGCGAGCGCGCCAAGCCCGAGGAUUACAAGCGCCUGCUGCAGUACCUUUUGGCCAUACCCAAUGAUGAGGCACGUUCGUUGGGUUUCACCGUGCUGGUGGAUAUGCGCGGCGCUACCUGGUCGACUGUGAAACCGAUUUUGAAAGCGUUGCACGAGCAUUUCCCACCCGGCGUCGUCCACCAAGCCUUAAUUGUUAAGCCCGAUAAUUUCUGGCAGAAGCAGCGCACGUCUUUGGGCUCACACAAGUACAAAUUUGAGACAAAUAUGAUAAGUUUGGAAGCCUUGCCUAAAAUAAUAGAUACCUCACAACUCACCUCCGAUCUCGAAGGCACGCUCAGCUACGAUCACUCAAACUGGUUGGAAACCCGGCUGGCGGUGGAGGAGUUUUCAUGGCAGGCGGCUGAUUUGCUCGAUCGUCUGGACGACCUGCAGGAGGAUCUCGCACGCAAUGAUUUUGCGGAUGAUGUGAGCGGUGCAAAACACAAAAUUGAUCUGCACAAUGAGAUGAAGAAUAAAAUCAAAAAGGUGCCACUUGAAGACGUUGAUUUGUUAGGUCGUAGCUUAUUGCAAAAGAUUUGCGGUAACGACACGGGUCAGGGUGACGCUAAUCGCGAUGCCGAAUCGCCGUGCAGCAGCGCAACCGACACGGACGUCAAGAAUCUUGUUCUGCAAAAUCUCGACGCGGUGCACACAUCACAUCAAAAUCUUCUACAGCUAUGGCAUCAUAAGAAAAUCAAAUUGGAUCAGUGCUUUCAGCUGAGAUUGUUUGAACAAGAUUGUGAAAAGAUGUUUGAUUGGAUCUGUCACAAUCGCGACGUGUUCUUGCUGAAUUACGUGGAGAUCGGUCACACUUACCAGCUGGCGAAGCAAUUGCAGGAGGAACACCAGCAUUUUACGAUGAGCUCGAUGAAUGUCUACGUGAACAUAAAUCGCAUCCUGUCGGUAGCGUCGCGAUUGAUUGAAAGUGGUCAUUAUGCCGGCGGACACAUCCGUACGGUGGCUGGUCGUUUAGAUCGCACGUGGAAGGAUUUCGCUGCUGGUCUAGACGAGCGUACUAAUGUCUUAGCGUUGAGUGUUAUUUUUCACCAUAAGGCUGAGCAGUAUGUCGAUAAUGUACCCGCGUGGAACAACGCGUGUGAGAACAGUAAUAUACCUUCGGAGAUUAUGCACUUGGAGAAUUCAAUUCAUCAACAUCAGAAUCUCUACGAGUCGAUGUGUCAGGCGUACACCGAGGUUUAUAAUUCCUACCAGGCUUUGUUAAACGGCCUUGAUGUGAUGCUACAAGUGUGCCAUAACUUACCAGAAUCGCAGAUCAAUAAUUCCGAUCGGAAUUCGAUUAUGUCGAACGUACAUAGCACGAGCAAAAAGCUGCUUUAUCAGUUAGAUCACUUGGUGCAAGUCUGCAAUCAGCCUGGAACCGAACGAAAACAUAGCGAUGCAAAUUAUGAAGCUCGUCCUGGCGGUAAUCCGGCAGCCGACUACAGCGAAGGUGCUAGUCAUGUCCUGGCUGUGAUUCAUCAAAUUCUGAAUCAUCACAGAGCGUUGGAGCAGAAGUGGCACGCGAAGAAGAUUAAAUUACACCAGCGGCUUGCACUGCGACUGUUUCAGGAAGAUGUUAAACAGGUGCUGGAUUGGUUGGCGAAUCAUGGUGAAGUCUUUAUACGUAAAAACACUGGAAUCGGACGUAACUUACAAAAAGCGCGGGUCUAUCAGAAAAGCCACGAACACUUCGAAAACGUAGCACAGAAUACGUAUACAAACGCGGAUAAACUGCUUGCCGCCGCCGACGAGUUAGCACACACGGGUGAAUGCGACCCGGAUGAGAUCUACUCGGUGGCACAGGAGCUGGAGGCGCACGUGACUUCAUUUGCUGCACGUGUGGAACAGCGCCGACGACGUUUGGAUCUCGCUGUUUUAUUCUACACUCACGAGAAAGAACUCUCUACCUGGGUGGAUGAGUUGAGGCAAGAGUUGCAAGCAGACGAGAGCGUCGCCGAAGGAUUGGAAGCCACUCAGGUGUUGCUGGAGCAAACAGCACAGCAUCGCGAUCAGAGUUUGGACGCUUGCGCUUCGACCAUCGCUCAAGGCGAAGCUUUACUCCAAGAGCUCAGAACAAUUGGCGAUAUGGACUCGACGGGUUCUGUGUCUGCGGUGGAGGCGGCUCUCGACCGCCUCUCGAAACAACGUAGCGAUCUGGAGGAACUCUGGGCGGCGCGUAAACUUCGCUUGGACAUGUGUCUCCGAUUGCGGCUUUUCGAGCGAGAUGCUUUGGAGGUGUCCUCACAGUUGGAAAUGUGGUCGGAAGAGCUGCAGCAUCUCGAGCUGACGCGCGACAUUGCGAAGGCGGAGCAGUCACUGCGAUUGCACAACGAGUCUGUCAGUCAGAUGCAAAACACAACGUUCCAGGUGCUCCAACAGGGACAGGAACUGGUGCAGGUGUUUGAAACAUCGGGGAUUUGUGUGAUGGCUGACGCGCAGUACAACGCGCAAACACGAGUGCAGGUUUUACUAGAGUUUCUGCAUGAGCGCGAAAUGGAUCUCGAGGAAAUGGCGGAGUUGAAGCGGAUUAAACUCGAACAGUGUAUUCAACUCGGGCAAUUCCAGAAUGAUGCUAAUCAGGUAAUCAGUUGGAUCCGCAAUGGGGAAUCGAUGCUUAUGGCAAGCUUCACAAUACCAAAUUCACUCGCGGAUGCCGAGCAACUUAAGAAGGAACACGAGCAGUUCCAAGUAGCAAUUGAGAAGACACACACCUCAGCCGUGCAAGUCAAAUACAGAGCCGAUGCACUCAUCAACGCUAAUCAUUACGACCCGCCGAGUAUCAAAGAUAUUUCGGAGGAAGUCACGAAACGCUGGCAGCAGCUGGUAACUUGCGCUGAGGAACGCCACAAAUUGGUAACUGCAAGUUUGAACUUUUACAAGACAGCUGAGCAGGUAUGCACGGUUUUGGACAGUUUGGAGAAGGAAUAUCGGCGCGAUGAAGACUGGUGCGCGAGUGGAGCGCAGGGUAUUGAUAAAGCCACGUCCAUCUCGCAGUUGAUCAACAAGCAUCAGGAACAGAAGGAAGCUUUCUUGAAAGCGUGUACGUUAGCGCGCAGGACAGCCGAGACUUUCCUUAAGUAUACGACCCGAAGUUUGCAGUUUUACAACUAUCCCAAUGGGACCGGUAAUCAAGAAUCGCGAGUGAAGACGAUCUUAGAGAAACUGCUUAGUCAGGAGAACAAAGUGCUGGAGCAUUGGACUCAGCGAAAGAAACGGCUUGAUCAAUGCCAACAGUUUGUUUUGUUUGAAAGGUCAGCCAAACAGGCUAUUGAAUGGAUCCAUGAUACAGGGGAGUGUUAUCUGACGACGCACGCAACGAAUUUAGGAAAUAACGUGGAAGAAACGGAGUCUUUGCUUUUCGAGCAUAAUGAGUUUAAAGGAACGGCCAAAGAAACCCGCGAGCGUGUCAAACUACUCAUUCAACUCGCUGAUAGUCUUGUCGAAAAAGGACAUGCUCACGCUAACUCAAUCAAACAAUGGGUUGCAGCGGUAGAUAACCGCUACAAGGACUUUAGUUCUCGCAUGGAGAACUAUCGUCAACAAUUGGAGGAUACUUUGGGUAUCCAAGUUGGUGAAUGUGAGAAAAAGGAGUUAUCUAUUGAUAGGAACUCCGAUCCGAGCUUGGAAUCAAAAGUAAACGAAGCUGCCGCCAAAGACUUAAAGGAACUGAACGAGGAGAAGCGUAGAUCAGCACGGAAGAAAGAUUUUAUCAUGGGGGAACUUCUCCAAACCGAACGCACUUAUGUAAAAGAUUUGGAAACUUGUAUUAAAUCAUUCCUUAUUGAAAUGCGUGCCGCGCAAAGCUUGCCAUCGCCGAUUGUGGGAAAAGAGGAGAUCAUUUUUGGUAAUAUGGAGGAAAUCUAUCAUUUCCACAAUAAUAUUUUCUUGAAAGAGUUGGAAAAGUAUGAAACAAUGCCUGAAGAUGUCGGCCAUUGUUUUGUGACUUGGGCACAGAAGUUCGAUAUGUAUGUGCAUUACUGUAAGAACAAGCCAGAGUCUAACAGUUUGCUGGUACAGCAUGGUGGCACAUAUUUUGAAGACUUACAGAAAAAACACAAAGUGGAGCAUCCUAUUGCUGCAUAUCUGAUUAAACCUGUCCAGAGAAUAACAAAAUACCAGCUGUUGCUAAAAGACCUACAAUCAAACUGUGAGGAAGGUCAAGGUGAAAUCAAAGAUGGAUUGGAAGUCAUGUUGAACGUGCCAAAGAAGGCCAACGACGCGAUGCACCUCUCGUUACUGGAAGGUUGCGACGUUUCGGUCGAUAAACUCGGUGAAGUUAUCCUACAGGAUGCCUUCAGUGUAUGGGAUCCUAAACAACUCAUCCGCAAGGGGCGAGAGCGGCACAUUUUCCUCUUCGAAUUGUACUUACUGUUUGCCAAAGAAGUCAAGGACUCGGCGGGAAAAGUGAAAUAUAUUUAUAAGAACAAAUUAAUGACUUCUGAAUUGGGUGUAACCGAACACAUGGAAGGCGACGAAUGUAAAUUCGCUGUGUGGACGGGCCGCGCGCCAAUCUCCGACUAUCGCAUUGUUCUGCGAGCUUCCUCGCUGGAUACGAAGCAAUUGUGGGUCAAGAAGCUGCGCGAAGUCAUACAGGAGACGUACUUCAGCGGCGCCCUGCCGCUCUCCCUGCCCAAGAGCCCCGCCAAGAUGAAAACGCACAGUCAGAGGUCGAGCCGAGACAUGGAGGAGUGCGCGUCGUUGGACGAGAGCGUUGAAAAUCUGGAUAGAAAUUCGCUUACUUCCUUCGGCUCCGGCAACACGACCGAUUCUGAUAAGACUGGAGUCUUGGAGAUGACAUGGGUGGUCAGCGACUUCACCGCAUGCGGCUCACAGGAACUGACGGUGACGAAGGGCCAGCAGGUGGAGGUUGUCGAGGUGUGCCCCAGCCGACCGGACUAUUGUCUGGUGCGAAUGCCAACACGCGGCACCGACCACGACACCUCGUCUGGUGGUGGCGUCCCCGAAGGACUGGUACCGUUGGCGGUGCUAAAGCAGCCGCCGCAACCACGCAGCAGCCCAUCGCGACGCAUCGCCGCCGAUCACGAAAACGAACCGACACCAAGCAGUAACGAGGGAAGCACCAUCAACACUUCGUCACCGGUGAACAAACGUCGCGGAUUUAGUGGCCGGAAAUGGUUGCCGCCACAACUGCGGAAACUGUCACAGGGCAAAGUGGAGAAGACUCAGUCGACGGCCGAUAGACCGCCGCUCAAGAAGACCGGAUCGGACAAACGUAUUAAGGUGCCAAACGAUAUGGGCAACAAACCGUCCGUAUCGGAGGGCGAAGAUGAAGAGGAGCGCACGGUGCGCAUCAACCGGCUGACACACGAGAUCGCAAACGGUGGCGGUGAGGACGUUGACGAUGAAGUAGAACUACCGCCGCCGAUGAAACCUAUUCAGGAGCCGAUUUUGGUUGGUGGCGGCGCAACAACGAGCGCGGUACCGCCCAUCGAGGAGAAUCCCAGCAAAAGGGUGUCUAGUUUAACGUUGAAGUCGCUAGAAGGAGCGACGUCGGCCGAUUUAGCGGAGAUAGAGCAAAUAGUUAAGGAGCGAAUGGAGCAACACACCGAGAACCAGGAGCGGAAUUCAUUGUUACGCGACGCUAAGCCCGAUGGCUUGAGCGACAGCGAGAACGCACAUAAAGAAUUAUCUGCGCAAUGCUCCUCCAACGACGCUACGACGGCAUACAGCGGCGACGAAAGCGACAACAAACAUGCCGAGGAAGGCUCUUCGUCCGACGCUAAGGAGACGCAUCUCGAGAAACGCAGCUAUGUGAUGCAGGAAUUGAUCGAAACUGAACAGAAGUAUGUGCAAGAUUUGGCUCUGAUCAUUGACGGUUAUAUACCAACGAUGAAGGACGAGAACUGCGAGAUCCCAAUGCCAGAUGACCUGAAAUCCGGAAAGGAUAAAAUGGUCUUCGGCAAUAUUGAAAAUAUUUAUAGCUGGCACAAUGAAACGUUUCUAAAAGAAUUACAGAAAUGUUUAGAUCACCCUGCAGAAUUAGGUCCUUUAUUUAAGCGAUGUGAAAGAAAACUGCACAUGUACGUCGUUUACUGUAAAAACAAACCGGUCAGCGAAUUUAUAGUGUCGGAACAUCUUGAUACAUACUUUGAAGAACUGCGAAUUCAUCUCGGCCACAAGCUGCAAAUCUGCGAUCUGCUUAUCAAACCAGUGCAGCGUAUCAUGAAGUAUCAGCUGUUACUGAAGGAUCUGCAUAAGCACACUGAGCGGGCUGGACUUGAGCAAGAAGCCAAGAUGCUACGAGAAGCUUUGCAUGUGAUGACUGUUGUGCCGAAGUCUGCAAAUGAUAUGAUGGACGUUGGACGACUGCAGGGCUUUGAGGGUAAAAUUACGGCACAAGGGAAACUAUUGUUAAACGGGGCAUUAAUUGUCACCGACUUGAAUACAAACUCAAACGUCAACAUUGGUAAAAAUAAAGAACUUCACGUGUUCUUAUUCGAACAAAGUAUUAUCUUUUCGGAGUCAUCGGGCAGGAAGAAUCAAUUUACUAGUCCGAAAUAUUACUAUAAAACACAUAUUCAGAUGAAUAAAAUGGACAUGAAACCAGAACCAAGUGAGCCAUUGUCGUUUAUUUUAAAAUCUACCGAUCCGAACAGAAGUAUGCAAAUGCUACAAUGCCAGGCGCCAUCGGCGGAAAUGUACGCGCAAUGGGAAUCGACGAUCGACGCUAUUUUGCAGUCGCAAACAAACUUCCUAAAAGCAAUCCAAAGCCCGAUUGCGUAUCAGAAUCAGCUGACGAGAGACUCUUCGCCUUUCGCAUUUGAAAUUCCAACUCCAAAUCCGGCUCGAUACGGCAUGCCACCGCCUCCACCAACGAGUGGCAAGAAGAGUAUAAACCCAAUACAACAUGCAAAUACGAUCAGCAUACCGUCCGACGCAGAGCUAAUGGCCAAGCGCAACAAAGACACCAAGGAACACCGCAAAUCAAAGCGGAUACUGAACGGUUUGUUCGGCAAGCAUAAAAGCGAAUCGACGAUGGCUGUGACCGAUGGCAACAGCAAUGAGGACUCGCGGCGCUGGUCCGAAAGUUCCCCCGCAACGUACGAUAAUCACGUAAUGGCGCCGGGAACGCAAGCGCGCUUGAUCAACGACCAUUCCGAAUUAUCUUCCGGUGAAAUAGUCACCGUGAUUCGUUACGAUUCCACACAGGGGUACCUCGUGAGGACGAAUUCCAAUUCGGAACAAGAGGCCUGGUUGCCUGCACAGGUGCUUUCUAACGGCAACCGAAAAGCGUGGUCGUUUCGAUUUCGAAAACCUAGUUUUCCACACGGCAGAAGAUCCAUCGAUGCGUCAACACUGCAGGACAACUUGAUUCCUGAAGUUUCCUGUCCUGAUUUUAUUGAUAAGAUUCAAGACACCACCGUGAUAUGUGGCGACCGUGCGGUAUUAUCCUGCUUUGUAAAACCCUGCGGUCGCGCUUGUCAGAUAACAUGGCGGAAGAUCGAACCAGAUCCUUGUGUGAUGCGCCAUGGGGGACGAUUUCAACUUAGCCAAUUGGAUGGGAAUGCUACAUUGACAAUCAACAAUGUUCGGAACUCAGAUUCAGGGACGUACAUUUGUAUAGCCGCGAAUGAAAUUGGGAGCGCACAAUGCUCUGCAAAUCUUGUUGUAUCUGAAAAAUUACCGUUUUUGAAAGAGCCUAAGAUUCAAGUGAUAUCCUCAGCAAGUGUCUUACUUGAAUGGGAAAAUGAUACUAAUAGAAACCAACAGUACCUUGUUGAAUAUUGCAAGAUCGGUACGGGUGAAUGGCUGUCACCUAACAAUGACCAACCCUUGAACUCAUUGAGUUAUACAGUGGAGCGUUUGAUACCUGGAGAAGCGUACAGUUUCCGAAUUGUCACAAUACCUAACAGACAAGUAUCUCUACAUAGUGUAACGGUAACCCUGCCUGUUGCUGAUAAUUUGCGAUGGCAACAAGAACAAUUUAAAAGGAGAUAUAUUGAAUGUGAGGAGUUAGAUCGAGGCCGUUUUUCCAUAGUACGGAAGGCGCAGGAUCGCGGGACUGGCCAAGAAGUUGCACUCAAGCAAAUUUUUCGUCGGAGACAACCACAUAAAGUCACUCAAGCGGAAUACACUCUCUUAGCGGGGAUGCAACACCCAAAUAUCAUUCAUGCUAUGGCUCUAUUCGACAACGCACCCGUCCCGGGCAUCGAUACCAUUGUUUUAGAAAUCGUCCGUGGGGUACAUCUGUACAACUAUUUGAUUCAAAGUGAAGUGUAUAGCGAACUGGAAGUUUGUGACUACAGCAGGCAGUUGAUUUCCGCUUUGGCAUGGUUACAUCGGCAGAAUUUAGCUCAUCUGGAUGUGAAGCCGGAAAACGUAAUGCUAGAUAUUUCAAAUGCGUCCCAUCAAAUCAAGCUUAUUGACUUUGGUGAUUGUGUCAACACCGCAAAAAGUAUCAUACUUCCCCCAGCUUGUUUAGAAUUUGCUUCCCCAGAACUUGUAUUGGGUCAACCGGUUGGAAAACACACCGAUUAUUGGGCCGUUGGCGUUUUUCUGUACGUUCUCCUUAGCGGGGUUUCGCCAUUCUUGGACGACUCUGUUGAAGAGACAACGACAAAUAUUCUCAAAUGUGAUUACUGUUUUCCGGAUGAAUAUUUCUGCAAUGUUUCAAUUGAAGCAAAAGAUCUUAUAAGUCGGUUGCUAUGUUUGAUGCCGACCCAACGCAUCAACAUGGAAGAUUGUUUAGAGUUACCUUGGCUCAAAAAUGGGAACUGCACAAACCUAAUACCAUCAACAGGCCUCAAAACAUUUAUCAUUCGAAGAAACCCAAUGCAUUCUGGAGCCUCACUUAAUCUACUUAGUCCAACAUCAAAAACACUUCUUAACGAUUGAAUGGUGUGAAGCGGUCUCGGAGAGUACCCGAAUUCUAGUCAAAAUAUUAUAUAAUCAACUUACCAGUUGCUACCGACUGGAGUAGCUGCAAUUUAUGUUUUCUUCAUAAAUUUAUUUAUUACUGUCUUUUAAAAGUUAAAGAUAACAAGAGGGAUGAACAUCUUAGUUUUGUGCCACGAUUGUAUUUGUUACCCAUAGUUACAAGAUUUGAACAUUUAUCGUAUGUUAUUUACAUAAGACAACAUUUAUGCAUGAAUAUUUAAAAUUUAUUGUUAACUUAAAGUAAGAAAGAAACUAACUGUGACAUAUGUGUAAAACAAUUUUGGUAUAUUAAUUUAUAUAAAAUAUAUUUUAAAAUUUA